CGUGAACAACGAGCAAGACACGCAAAACACACAAAAUGGCACAACAAAGCAAAACACAAAUUUACUUAAAAGUCAAGAAACCGCUAUUGGAACGUCAAAGACGUGCACGUAUUAAUAACUGUUUGGAGGCAUUAAAGAAACUCGUCGCUGAGUUGCAAGCCGACGAAGCCGUACUACGCAUGGAUAAAGCUGAGUUACUCGAGCAAACACUUGUUUUCGUACGUCAACAGUGCCGCAGUAAAGCACAACAACAAAACGCACAAGGGCACACCGAUUCAUUUCGUAAUGGCUAUAUGAAUGCCGUUAAUGAGGUGUCACGUGUGAUGGCCUCAACACCCGGCAUGAGCGUGCAAGUGGGCAAAUCUGUAAUGACACAUUUGGGUCGCAGUUUUAAUCGCCUGCAACAGGAGCAGCAGCACCAACAACAACAGCCACAAAAUUACACAGUUCAACAGCAGCAACAAGUUUCACAUCAGCAAACAAGCACAGUUACAAAUAUGCAACCACUACGCAUUGAAUGCGCACCACUGAGUCCUGCUUCUUCCGGCUAUCAUAGUGACUGUGAAAGUCCCAUCGCGUCACCUGUUGCACAGCAGCAGCACACAGCGGCAGAGAGUUUGUGGCGACCUUGGUAAUGCAAUAGCAUUGCAAAGCAAAAGAAAGCAAGGAAGGAGAGCGUGAGAGACUAGUGGGCACAUACUGAUAUGUCCACCACCAACUGUGAUACUACAAUGUGAUGUUUCUAUUGAACAACAAUGUUAUUAUAACGACAUUGAGAAAAACCAAUUAAG